CCAGGCCCUAAAAAUUGAUACAAGCUACAGUAAGUAGUAUGUGAAAGAAGUUAUGUAUCCCGUGUGCGUCCGGGGCCAUGCUUCCCAUGAUACAAUGGUAUGGUACUUAUAAUCUCUCGAUUGAUUCGUCGGGUAUCAACAGGCACAAUGAUCAGAAAACAAAACGCAGUCGCCAGAUCGCUAAUAUGCUCUUCCGAAAGUCCCCACUUCCCAACAUGCAGCUGUCUGAGCUGUUGACGCCGUGUGGGCGUUGUUAUGGUGGUGGCGCUACUCGAUUACUCGUGUGA